GUCCGGUUCUCAGGAUGGCGACAGCAGCGGCUGCGAGCAGUGCGGAGCGCGGAGUGCUGGAGGAAGAGUUUAAAUGGCUUUUAAAAGAAGAGGUUCACUCUGUGCUGAAACAGCUGCAGGACAUCUUGAAGGAAGCAUCCCGCAGAUUCACACUGCCCAGUGGAUCCAUGGAAGGACCUAACCGGCAGGAGAACUUUGUAUUGGGAAGCUCCAGUUCGGACCAAGUAAAGGGAGUGCUGACUCUACAAGGAGACACCCUCUGUCAAGCUGAAGUGAAUUUGAAAAUGCUGAGAACCAACCAGACCCUGCAUUUUGCCUUCCGGGAGGACAAGCAGUGGAAGAUGCAGCAGAUUCAAGAUGCCAGGAAUCAUGUUAACCAGGCCAUCUACCUCCUGACAAACCGUGGUGAAAACUACAGGUUUCAGACUGGGGCUGAGGUGCUAAAGCUGAUGGAUGCUGUGAUGCUUCAGUUAACUCGAGCACGGAACCGUCUCACGACCCCUGCUACCAUGACUCUGCCAGAAGUAGCCACCAGUGGACUUACGAAAAUGUUUACUCCGUCACUUCCUGCCGAUACCCUCUUGAAUUUCUAUGUUAAUGUGAAUAAACUUUGCUUAUUGGUCUACCAGCUGCAUGCUCUGCAGCCUAACUCUACCAAGAAUUUCCGACCAUCUGGCAGUUCUGUCCUGCACAACCCCGGAUCCAUGUUUGAGCUAAAUAAUCAGAGGUUUGAAGUCAGCCACGUCCAUAAAGUGGAAUGUGUGGUUCCGUGGCUUAAUGAUGCUUUGGUCUUCUUCACGGUGUCUCUCCAACUCUGUCAACAACUGAAGGAUAAGAUCUCAAUUUUUUCCAGUUACUGGAACUUCCGAUCCUAUUAGUGCCGUUAUUUAGCAAAGGGAUUUCUGAAUUCCAGUUCCAGCGUGUCCUUUUCACCUGGUCUUUACCCUGCUGCCUACACGAUGUUUCCUAUUUGCCUCGAUGACUUUAAAAAAACACAAAACAUCACAUUGUAUUUGGAGCGUCCUAAGGAUUCCUGGUUCUGAUCUGAUUUCCGUCCCUCUAUAUAGUGACUGCAUAGACUCCACACCCCAAGGUCUUUGAAGAAUGAAAUUCACCUACUGCUAAUAUGUUGCACGAACAAUGUUAUUUUAUCAUUUGUGUAUAGUAUUUAUUCUUUUGCACAGCCAUUAAAAAAAAUAGAACUAGGAAUAUUAGCUUUCAGGAGAAAAGAGCAUCAUUGUCGCAGGCCACGAGGUUAAAGAAUGUUUCUUUCUACCCAGAUAUAAUGUGUGAGAAAGCAAACGCUCCCUAUUUAAUAAUAACACGUGAUGAUAAUGGGGUUUUUUUUUUGUUAGUUAUUUUUCCUGGUCGCCAAUUUAUUAAACACUAAUAUUCAGGGGUCCAAGUAUGUUUAAAAUACAAAAGCCUAACAAAGGGAUUUUUUUUUUCUUUAUUGUCUAUUUUUAUUACAGUUUUUGAAGCUCAAUGUUUGUCCUCAAUAAAGUGAAACUGUUUGUAAAAUAAAUGUAAAUAUUGUACCACAUUAUAAGCUGCACGUGACGCAAAAUUUUAUUUGAGAAUGUGCAAUAUUGAAGGUUUAUUGAUGAAGGUGUUAUUUUGCCUCUAGUAAACACUACCCAACAUCCUAGUGUGUUAAGCAAAGCAAAUAAAGAUAUUUAACAGUUAA